UCCAGGGGUUAGCCAAAGAGGUGAUUAGGUCUUCUUAUACCUCUGUGUUAGUGUUUUUUUUUUGCUUACGGAGUCACUGAGCUCAAAGUUACGUGGGGGUUACCUGUCAUUGGCUUUCUGCGAAGGUAGCACCUUGGCCUUCUGCCAGGUCUUCCGGGGCUGAACAAAGUUUAGGGAGAUUAAUGAAUAAAUUCUAAAGUAGUAAGCAGAUUCUGGGUGGCAUUACUUGUAAAAAGAUUGGGAUAAAAUCUAGCCUGGUGUCUUGCAUAUUACAUUGGACAUAAAACCUUUGCUUGCAGGAAAUUACUUCAAGGGAAGGGAAUGACUUGCAAGCAGGGAUGUAGUACUCUCCUCAAAUGAACUUCUGCACUUCUCUGGCUGCCAAGGACUGGGUUACCUGCACUUUUUAAAAGAGCCUGGCUUUGGGGACCAUGGCUCUGAGGGAGAGCAUCCUUCCCAUUAGUGAGGUGUCCUGCCCCUUCCCGGAGGUGGUGGAGCUGAACGUGGGCGGCCAGGUGUACGUCACCAAGCACUCCACGCUGGUCAGCGUCCCCGACACCACCCUGCACGCCAUGUUCUCCCGCCACCCGCUCAAGGACCUGCCGCGGGACAGCCGCGGGCGCUUCUUCAUCGACCGCGACGGCUUCCUCUUCCGCUACGUGCUGGACUUCCUGCGGGACAAGCAGCUGGUGCUCCCGGACCACUUCCCCGAGAAGGAGAGGCUCCAGCGCGAGGCCGAGCACUUCCAGCUGGCCGACCUGCUCAAGCUGCUGGCCCCCCGGGUCACCAAGCAGGGCUCCAUGAACGACGAGGGCUGCCAGAGCGACAUCGAGGAGAGCUCCCAGAGCAGCGACCUGGCCCGCGCCGCCGCCGCCGUGGCCGCCGCGGACAAGCGCUCGGGAUUUAUCACCAUCGGCUACCGCGGCUCCUACACCAUGGUGCGCGACAACCAGGCCGACGCCAAGUUCCGGCGGGUGGCCCGCAUCAUGGUGUGCGGCCGCAUCGCCCUGGCCAAGGAGGUGUUCGGGGAGACCCUGAACGAGAGCAGGGACCCCGACCGGCCCCCGGAGAAGUACACGUCGCGCUUCUACCUCAAGUUCACCUACCUGGAGCAGGCCUUCGACCGGCUCUCGGAGGCCGGCUUCCACAUGGUGGCCUGCAACUCCACGGGCACGGCCGCCUUCAUCAACCAGUACAGAGACGACAAGAUAUGGAGCAGCUACACCGAGUACAUCUUUUUCAGGCCGGCAGCGAAGACCGUGUCCCCUAAGCAGGACUGCGAGGAGCGGAAGCAAGAGAAGCUUCCGGACAAGGGGAGCGAGAGCGGCACCUCCCUGAACGAGCUCUCCACCUCCAGCUCCGAGACGCACUCCGAGGCCACCACGCCCCAGGACGGGACGGUGACGGGCGGGGGAGGGGGCGAAAUCGGAGGAGGAGGCGGAGGAGGAGGACCAGGAGGAGGGGGAAGCGGGGCCCUGCAGUCCGUGUCCCGCCAGCCCAGCACCCUGACCUUGGGCCGGCCCUCGAAGAAGGGCUCGGUGCAGUGGAUGCAGCUGCCGGACAAGCGGCGCAACAGCGAGCUCUUCCAGUCGCUGAUGAGCGGGAGCCCGCGCGAGGGCGGCCUCAGCAGGAAGAGGGUGACGGAGAAGCUGAGCGCCGAGGAGGAGAUGAAGCAGUGCAUCCAGGACUUCCACAACAUCAAAAUCCCGCAGGAGUUUCCCGAGCGCAAGCGUCAGUGGCAGUCCGAACUCCUUCAGAAGUAUGACCUAUAGGGACGUUUUUUUUUUUUUGUUUGUUUUUUUUGGGUCUUUUUCUUUCUUUCGUCUCUGGUUGUAGUCGACGGCGAUUUACAUUAUAUUUUUUUAUUUUAUUUUUUAAAAUUGAAAAAAUGCUGGGUUUUGUUUGGUCAAUGUGUCCUGACACCAUUCUUCUAGGCUCAGCUCAUGUCAUAUGGAAACCUAAGCACACCCUUGACUUUUCAAGGAGGACUGUUGUCUGGGCGUGGAAAAAGAAAUAAGUUCACUCAAAUGGUGAACUUCACCUAGCAUGACAUUGGUGUUUAUAUGAUGAACAUUUGUGACUAAACCUUAAGGUUGAUGUGUCACAACAGGAAAUAAUGUCCUGGUUUAAAACAAUGGCACAAUAAUAGUGAGGUAGCAAAGGAAAAAAAUGUUUCAAUAGACCACAGUAAAAUUAUCCCAGAGUUUGCAUGAAUGGAAGAAUCAAAGAAAAAAACACAACAGACUGAUAAAGACAUUUAUCUGAGCAGACUAACCUGAAAAGAAGCUACCGUAAAUAAUUAAAUUGUAUUCCUAGAUGGCCUCUCGUGAAAUGAACAUUGUCUGAAUGAGCAUUUAAAAGGAUGUUUCCUUAUUUAUUCUGGUUGCAUUUCUAGGCUGUGCUGUCCGUGCAAUGGUCAAUGAUGACAUUUUUCAUUUAUUUAUUUCUUUAUUUCGUGCUGUGAUUUAUGUGUGAGGGCUAAUGUCGAGAAAAUGUCAGCCGUAUUCCUAUUUUAGAACUGUUUUUUGAAAAAAAAUAUAUAGCUUGUCGGAGUCAUGAGUUUAUAUUAAAUGUCGAGAAUUAGUCCGCUGAAGUGCAGUUCUGCCUGAGGAGUCAGCCCUAGACCUACUGUGGGUAAAUAAUCAGUUCAGAUGUGGCAAGGUGGGAAAGAAAUGUAUUUAAACCCUAGAAUGCAGCCCAAGUUCCUUGUUUGCUCUUGUUCAGCAACCUCAUUUAAAAAUAUAGUGCUAAUCUAUUGGCCUAUGCUUCUCAAAUUGGUCAUGACAAACAGGAGAUAAAUGUGCCAAUUUUUAUACUGGUAUCUGGGUUUGUGUCAGUUUCCAUUUCCAUUCAGACAAUUCAGGAAAUUAAUUGAAAUUCAGCUAAUUCAGAAAGCCUCAUGAAAUUAUAUUGGCAGUUUUCAUUUCAGGGGUUGAAUUAGAACUAAUUUUCUGAACUGAACUGAAAUGGAAUUGACAAUGAUUGGUAUACCACUAUUCUUAGUUUCAGGUGUGUGUCUUUUGGACCUUAAGGACCUUUUUUUUGUUCUUUUAUAAAGAGUCUCUCACAUACUGUUUGGAUAUCAUCUGAAAAUAACUGAUUUCUUAACUGGUCGAAGUACAUGGCAGACAUAAUUCAUGUAUGCUUGUGAUAUUACAAUCUGUACUUGCUGUAAUUAUUUAUAAGUACUGUCUGUGUCUUUAUUAUAGACUUAAAAAAAACUUUAUUUUCCACAUUUCAUACCCACAACAAUCUUGUCAAAAAAUAAGAUCAAAGAUCCAUCUAUUUUGCAUUCAUGAUUGCGGUCCAUUUUUGUACGGGUCUGCUAGGAAAGAAUACAUGAUUGCAGGAUUGCAUCCUAGGGAUAAGACAGGCAGAGCAGACACAGCACUGCAGUACCCCAGCACUGUGCAGUAUAUUUUCAGGAAACACAAUGUCAAAUUGUGCUCUUUGUUCCAAACCACCCACGGGGGUUCAUGAGGGUGCCUGCAACAGCGAAGCAAAAACGUAAUUAUUUUUUAUCGAUUGCCCUUAAUCAACAUUCUCUUGUCUAAUUAAAGUGCAGAGUCAAACUAAGCAUCGCUCAGAUUCCUUUUUGACUGGCAAGACUGACGGGAAGCUCAGAUGCUGCAGGACCUCAGAAGGAGAGGUUUUUGAAACGCAGCCAUUGGUGGUGAAAUGACAUGAAGACUGUCCAUACACAGUGAAAUAACAUAUUACUAUAAGAACGACUUCUGGAACAAAUAGUCAAUAAACAGAUGUUCUUGGGUGAUAGAGACUCUAUUCUGAUUGCCUCGUAUGUUGGUUUAGUCAGGAAGCCAUUGCUGUGAAGAUUAGGUCAGUUUUAAAACCUGAGAUUGAUUUCAAAGAGGCUAAUAUGAACAUAUCAGAAAUGUGUUUUUAAGACAACCAUUAAGUUAUUUGAUGCUUAAACUUGGACGGUUAUUACUUUGUGGUGAUGUCUUUAUCAAUAACACUUCUGUUUAAAAUGAAAUAUGUGGUCUUAAAAUACAGUCUGGUCAACAUAGGGCUCACAAUCUACUGCAGGCCCACCCGGGGAUUUCACAAAGCAGGCUUACUGAAUUAGCUGGAUGACUGCACUGAGCAAAACCCAGAACAGCUCUUUUUUUACUUCAGUCCAUGUUUCAGAUUUG